AUGUUAAGUGUCAAGACUUACAGCAUUCGUCGAGGGGUACAGUACAAGGUCGUGGAGUCUGACUAUCGCCGGUAUGUGGGCAAGUGUUCUGAGUUCGGCAAUGGGUGCACAUGGUUGAUUCGGCUUAGUCUCCGACAGCGCAAGGGACUUUGGGAGGUCAAACGUUACAACGGACUACAUACUUGUCUCGCCACCUCCAUUUCCAGCGACCACAAGAGUUUGGAUUACCAUGUGAUAUCGGCAUUCAUUAUGCCAAUGGUUAGGGUUGAUGCAUCCGUCAGCAUCAAGGUGCUCCUAAAUGCCACCGCCACACACUUUGGGUUUAGGCCAACUUACAGGAGGGUCUGGUUGACGAAGCAGAAGGCUGUUGCCCUCAUCUAUGGUGACUGGGAUGAGUCGUACAACGAGCUCCCAAGGUGGGUGUUAGGAGUCCAGUUGACGAUGCCUGGUACUGUUGCAGUCAUAAGGACGAGCCCUGUUCGUGUCGGUGGACAGUCGGACGAGGGAACGUUGCUUGUCGCGAUUGCACAGGACGGGAACUCCAAUAUACUCCAUGUUGCAUUCGCAUUAGUCGAGGGUGAGAAUGCUGAGUCGUGGUCCUUCUUUCUCUCCCACCUGCGUCAGCAUGUGACACCGCAGUCGGGUCUGCUGGUUAUCUCGGACAGGCAUAAUGGCAUCAAGGCCGCGCUUGAGGCUCCUGACGGAGGCUGGUUACCUCCGUCUGCAUACCGGGCAUUCUGUAUUCGACAUGUUGCGGCAAAUUUUGCCCUCACCUUCAAGGGCAAAGACGCAAGGAGGCUACUUGUUAAUGCGGCGUACGCUAAGACCGAGGUCGAGUUCCAUUACUGGCUUGAUAUUCUUAGGUCCGAAGACCCGUUGAUGUGUGACUGGGCGAACCGGAUUGAGUAUUCAUUGUGGACACAGCAUUGUGAUGAGGGGCGUAGAUUCGGACACAUGACGACGAAUAUAUCUUAG